CACCGGCAAUGGCGCUGUUCACAACAUUGCACAGCGAAGAUACGGAAUACUCGGCGGAUUCCGUUGAGUGGCUGUCUCAAGAUGGCCUGGAGUCGGGAUACUUUGCCUGCGGCACCUACCAGCUGGUCCAGGCGGAAGGAGAAGCCACUGAGGGACAGUCAGGGCCGCGUCCGCGCAAGGGCCGUGUGUACUUGUAUCAGUUCGGGGAGGGAAAGGAAACUACGCUGGAGCGGCUGCAGUGCAUCGAAACGGCUGCCAUACUGGACAUGAGGUGGCUGCCAGCUUGGAGCAGCGACUGUGGACCCCAGCUGGCCACCGUUAACUCCGUGGGUGAACUAGAGGUGUACGAGUUUGACGCUGCCGAAAAGCAGCUCAGGAAACGCACGUGUCUGUCGCUCAAGGAGGCGGAGGGAGAAGAGCAACCACUGGCCUUGGCACUGGACUGGCGGCAGCUGGAGGAGGAGAAGGAGCAGGUUCAGCUGGCCAUUUCCGAUUCCAAGGGCGGCCUGAAUCUCUUCGCAUACUCACCCAACGGCGGGCUAACGCGCCAGUGCUCCUGGUCCGCUCACGGCUUCGAGGCCUGGACGUGUGCAUUUGACCGCUGGUCGCCACAUCUACUGUAUAGCGGCGGCGACGACAUGCUUCUGCUGGCCCACGACCUGCGCACGGAGCAGCGGGCCUGGACUAAUCGUGCCCACAUGGCAGGCGUCACCUGUCUACUGAGUCAUCCGCGGCACGAGCACCAUCUGCUCACCGGCAGCUACGACGAGCACCUGCGCCUGUUCGACACCCGGUCCAUGAAGCGAACGCUGGCCGAGCACAACCUGGGCGGCGGCAUCUGGCGACUCAAACCGCAUUCCGUUCGGCCCGACCUCAUCCUGGCCGCCUGCAUGUACACAAACUUCAGUGUGGUGCAACUGGAUGCCAAAGAGCCGGCGCUACGACUGCUGGGUGCCUAUGAGGAGCACAAAAGCAUUUGCUAUGGUGCAGAUUGGGCACCCAGCGGGCCAGAAGACAGCGAUGGCCUGUUCACCAUGGCCACCUGUUCAUUUUACGACCACAAACUCUGCGUUAGUCGCGUGGAACUUAGCCAAUAAAUCAAAUUGCUUUUAAA